AAAGCAAAGAGCUCCACAAUGUCUACUACAUACUUGCUGGUUUUACUACUUGGAGUGGUGGCUCUCACCACUCCUUCUUUUGGUACCUACGAAUCACCCAACUAUGGCAAAUCACCUCCAACUUAUCAACAUAAGCCCCCUGUCUAUGAACCACCAAAGAAAGAGAAACCAGAGCCUAAGCCGCCUGUCUAUGAACCUCCAAAGAAAGAGAAGCCUGAACCCAAACCACCGGUCUAUGAACCACCAAAGAAAGAGAAACCUGAGCCUAAACCACCGGUCUAUGAGCCCCCAAAGAAGGAGAAACCCGAGCAUAAGCCACCGGUUUAUGAACCACCAAAGAAGGAGAAACCCGAGCAUAAGCCACUAGUCUAUGAACCACCAAAGAAGGAGAAACCCGAGCCUAAGCCCCCAGUUUAUGAACCACCAAAGAAAGAGAAACCUAAGCCUAAGCCCCCGGUCUAUGAACCACCAAAGAAAGAGAAACCUGAACCCAAACCACCAGUCUAUGAACAUCCAAAGAAGCCACCAGUCUAUGAACAUCCAAAGAAGCCACCAGUACACGAGACUCCAAAGAAGCCACCGGUGUAUGAACCACCUUACGGUCACUAUCCAGGACACCCUCCAUUGGGGAAGCCUUGAUUUAAUGGUCCCAUCAGCUGGCAGCUAUUAUGGCUAUUUAGAUAGAUUAGUAACCACAAUAAAGAGUUGCUACUAUGUUUCCUCGUUAUUCAUGUAGUCAUGUUUUCUUCCAUGUCAUGUCAGCGUGAUUGCUGAUGGAUGUACUUGAUGGAUUUCCUAUACUGUUUCUUCUUGUUUUCCAA